AUUUUAUAUUUCGUUGUUGGUGUUCAGUGGGAGAGCAAUUGAUCGUGCAGCUACGGUUCUAAGGGACAGGUAUAUUUAAACUUUGCCAUGCCAAAAAGGAAACGAGGCGACCAUGAGGAGUCGAGCAUACUAUCCAACCAGGAUGAUAGGAGACUGCGAAUCCAAAUUGCCCGUCUCGAGCAGAAGUUGGAGCAUGGCUGUCAACUAAUUUUCCGGGCUCUCAAAACUGCCCGUGGUUUCGAACGCCAAAAGCUGGGACGUCGCCAAAAGACUUCUAAACAGAAAAAUGAAACAGCACAGCUAUCCCGAAUAGGGCAGGAAAUUCAAGCUUUAAAGGCCCUGGAUUUAGGAGCCACGGCCGAACGACACUUGCUCAAGCAUCUGGUGAGGACGAAGCGGAUUGCAGAGUCUCCAGCGUUUUCUAGGUUUCUGUCCGCAAGGAAACCACGCCUGGAAGGUCCACAAAAUGGUCCUGAAGCGAAUGUUAUAGCUCGUUUAUUCAACUCAAACCCUGUGAGGGACGUCCUACCGGGUAUAACAAACGACAUACGUCACAUUUUAGGCCUUAGUGACGGCGUACUUACUGCAAAACCAAUGGAUCGUGAGAACCCCCCGCCAAAUCCCAAAGGUUCGGAGAUAGUGGAGGAAGGACCGGCAUCGAAACUGCACCAAGCCUAUGAAGGUGAUCUUGAAAUGGAAGACGCAUACGUGAAACAGUAUAAUGCGCAAUUAGCAUCUUCUUCAGAAUCGGAACCCGAAACGGAUGACCAGGAAAAGGAUGAAAACAACCAUCAUUCCCGUCUAACUUUGGCGGGAUUUGAACCGCCCCUCUCACCCACAUCUUCUAUCGUAUCAUCGGAACCUACGUCGAAAACCACUACCAAAACUUCCAAGCCGAAUAAUAAGAAUCCGGAAACAGCGUUUCUUCCUUCCCUAAUCAUGGGUGGCUACUGGUCAGGAUCAGAAUCCGCCGAAGAGGACGCGGCAGCAGCCGCCAUUCAGCCGCGGAAAAACAGGAUGGGCCAGCAAGCUAGGAGAAAAUUAUGGGAAAAGAAGUUUGGUUCAGGGGCUAAUCAUCUUAAAAACCAACCGCCAGAGAAGGAAAAAUCGCGUGAUAGUGGAUGGGAUAUGCGGAGAGGAGCUUUAUCUCGUGAUGAGACGAGAGGGAAGCGGGGAAGAGGGGGGCUUCCGGGUGCCUUGUCUUCUCGAAGACCCAAAGUCGAAAGCGCCGCACAAGCUCCAAAUCCGAACUUUGAACAGCGUAGGAAUCGCCAAGCCUCGGAGCAAAAGCCUCUGCAUCCUUCCUGGGAAGCAGCGAAGAAAGCCAAGGAACGGAAAGCUCAGGCUGCUUUCCAGGGGAAGAAGAUCACAUUCGACUAAUUCGUCUGUGAGAGGGACCGGAAACCUCUUACCUCGCAACCGAUUACCACCUAGUUAUCUACAUGCGCUACAGUCCUUAUAUUUUUCUACGAAAUGACUGCCGGUGUAGAGCGUAAAGACGAGCAACUCCGAGCUAAAAUAUGCUUAGAGGUUUUUAAUCAAGAGAUACCCUGUCCUAUAUAUCCGUCCGCCUCUAUUAAUUUAUACAUAAUAAAUUUAGAUUUAGAUCUAGCACAUUAUGGGGCUUUGUUCAGUACAUCUUCGAUAUUUUAGUAUUUAGCAGGUACUGUACAGUGUAGGAAUAAACUAUCAAAUGUAAAC